CAGCAAAACAUUCUUCGUGUCAUAUUUGGUUUCAGAACAGAAAUCCAGUGAAUGAAUUGAAAGAUCGAAUACUGAAAUGGAAUCAAGAGUUUCUUCUCUUUCUUUAUCUGAAACAACCCACCAAAGCGUUCAGAAUUCUGAAGCCAAAUCUUCACCAUCUUCGGUAAGCCGACUAUGGAGACCUGCAGCACAGAGAAAUAUGAAAAACCAAUGGUCUAGAUUGAAUUCGCUCAGACAAGAAUGGUUCUCUUCAUCUUCAACUGCGAGAUCACACUCCACUUCCAUCGUCAAUGCUUAUCUUUCUCAGAGGCAUUUUCUCAAACACCUUACAUGCAAUAUCGAUUAAUACACGUUUAUGACAGCUCAUGAGAAUAAGGUACAUGAAGGAUAUGGAGUUGGGUGUUUUGAGUGAUAUGCCUGACAUUCAGAAAAAAGCUUGCUGGAAGUUAUUAAAGCAACAGGUUCUUCAUCAUGAUAAACUCGUGUCUUCGUACAAAGACAUGGUGGCUACAGUAGUUAACAUGGUCAACAUAAGUACGUCUCUGAGAUGUUUUCUUAAGGGGGGAACCAGUAGUCCCCUUAUACAAUUCUCUAACAGUUCUGAGGACAUAAAUGACAACGGUGAUGGUGGAGGGAUACCCGUCUUUACCUUUUGGUCUAUAUCUUCUUUUGAGAAAUCAGCUUCGGAACUGGUUCAGAUGUUCAAAUUGGAACUAUAUUUGAAGCGAUUACUUGUGAUAGAGUUUCUCUCGCUUAGAAGUAAUGAAGAUCCAAUCAUCAAAAGACUCUGUUGGUCGGAUGAAAUUUAUGAAGGGGAAUUCGAUAAUUUAAGUAGGUGCGAUUUGGAUUGUAAUGAAGCUUCUGAAUCAGCCCCUCAGAAGUUAUAUGCUCAUAUAUCUAACGCUCCUGUGGAAUCCAAUUGCCAACCGGAUUCUGAUAUCUUACAGGUUUAUUUAACAGCUUGGUUGACAGACGUCAAUAUAGACAAAAACAGGGUGGGAGAUAUAUUUUCUGAAGUAGGAGAAGAAAUGCAUGUUAACUUUGUUUCCUGAAGUUUUCGUUGGAAGAUGACGAGCAGAAUCCCGCACGAUCGUCUCCCUCGACCCAAUUAUGCUCGUUUGAAGUAACAUGUCUCACGGGCGAUGUCGAGAGAUGUUAGAAAUGUUUCCAUUUUUUGACGUUACACUGUAGGAUGGUUGAAAAUGGCAUAAUUUGAUGAAAACUAGAUAGAAAAUGAUGUUUUGAGUGGAUUCCUGUGUGAAAUUGUAGCAUUUCUUUUCCUACUCCAGUUUUGUAACCAUCUUUCGACU